CAAUGACAAAGUCCAUCGCCGACUCAUACUUCCCCCACGAACCCGAAGCCCCGGUCAUCAAGGCCACCUUCCCUGGCCCCGUGUCCACCGCCAAGAAACAAUCGCUUGGUAAGGUGUUUGAUAGCAGAGCUGUCUACUUUGUGGCCGACUACAAAAAUUCCCAAGGAAACUACAUUGUGGACGUGGACGGCAACGCGUACUUGGACGUGUAUGCCCAGAUCGCCUCCAUCCCCUUGGGGUACAACAACCCGGCGUUGGUGGCGGCUGCCACCUCCCCCAACAUGAUCAAUGCCAUUGUCAACCGUCCAGCGUUGGGAAACUUCCCCAGUGAAGAAUUGGAACAGAUUGUCCAGGGAUUAUUGGACGUGGCUCCCAAGGGCCAGACCCAGGUGUGGCUGGGCUUGUCCGGGGCCGACGCCAACGAGUUGGCGUUUAAAGCUGCUUUCAUGUACCACCAGGCGCAAAAAAGAGGUUAUAACAAACCAUUCACGGCCCAGGAAAACCUGUCGGUGAUGCAGAACCAAAGCCCUGGCUCCCCCGAGUUGGCGAUCUUGUCGUUCAAGCGGUCGUUCCAUGGCCGGUUGUUUGCCAGUGGUUCCACCACCUGCUCCAAGCCUAUCCAUAAAUUGGACUUGCCAGCAUUCAAAUGGCCCAAAGCCGAUUUCCCUUCGUAUCAGUACCCAUUGGACAAGUACGAGGCCGUCAACAAGGCGGAGGAUGACCGGUGCUUGAAGAUUGUGGACGAUAUCUAUACCAACUGGCACUGUGCGAUUGCCGCUUUGUUGGUUGAGCCCAUCCAGUCGGAGGGCGGAGACAACCACGGCCUGGCGUACUUUUUCCAGGGGUUGCGGGACCUCACGUUGAAGCACCAGUCGUUAAUGAUUGUGGACGAAGUACAAACGGGAGUUGGGGCUACCGGAGUGUUGUGGUGUCAUGAACACUUGAACAUCACGCCUGCGCCUGAUAUGGUGACGUUUUCCAAGAAGUUCCAGUCAGCUGGAUACUACUUCCACGACCCCGAAAUCGUGCCUAACACCGCCUACCGUCAGUUUAAUACUUGGUGUGGAGACCCAGCCAGAAUGAUUUUGGCAGGUGCCAUUGGAGCCGAGGUGAUCAAGCAUGAUUUGCCGGCGGUUGCGGCCCGGGUCGGGAAGUACUUGUUUGCUAAGUUGGAGGACUUGCAGGUGAAGUAUCCUGAUUAUUUGAAGAACUUGAGAGGAAAAGGCAGAGGUACGUUUAUUGCGUGGUCGUUUGACGAACCAUCUCGGAGAGACAAGUUUUUGGUGGACAUGAAGAGCGUGGGGGUGAACAUUGGAGGUUGUGCUGAGGAUAGUGUGAGGUUGAGGCCUACUUUGGUGUUUGAAGAGAAGCACGCGGACAUUUUGGUUGAUGCGAUUGAGAAGGUGUUGUCGGAGUAUUAGGUAGCGGAUUCCACGCUCUAGUGUAGAGCACAGACACGUUGGGUACAAAGGACAAAAACUUGAGUACAAACACGCUUGGUUUAUAGGAUAAUAAUACGCUUGAUUGU